CUGUCCCAUUGCUCUAAAACUUCUUUGCUCCUCUCUCUUUGCGUGGUUUCCGUGGGAGGGGCGACAAAUAGACGCAAGUGAGGGACGCAGGGAUGCAAGUUAAGAAGUACCAAGUACCCGCAGACAGAGCAACAAGCGGAAGUGAAAGUGAAAUCGUGCUUACUCCCCCUUCAGACGGACUGCUCGGUGUCUCUGGGCGGAGGUUCACCGUGAACACCGAACAUGAGCUCUCUAAAGUUCAACAGCAUGUUGCUGGACAUCUCUGACCAGCUGACGGAUAAGCAGCUGGAGGGCAUGAAGUUCCUGUGCCGGGACAUGGUGGGGAAGCGGGACCUGGAGAAGAUAUCCAGCGGGGUCCGACUCUUCCAGUUGCUUACCGAGAGAGGGAAGCUGGGAGCCGACAACACCGACAUUCUGAGCGGCUUCCUCACCCACAUCCAGCGACAAGACCUGGCGGGGAAGUUGGAGAGCUUUGAAAGUCAGUCAGGAACCACCGACAACCUGCCGGACAAAGAGGAGAGAGAAAAACUGGACAUUGCCACAGAGGUGAUCGUGGCGAAUCUGGGAAGGAAUUGGCGUAAACUGGGCCGCAGACUGGGCCUGACUGAGGUGAAGAUAGACUCCAUCUCCAAGAGGCAUCCAACAGAUCUGGAGGAAACAACCAGAGAGCUGCUGAAGGAGUGGAGGAAGAGUCGCGGGGCCCAGGCCACAACACAGGAGCUGAUAGAGGCCCUGAGAGCCUGCAUGUUGAACCGGACCGCUGAUCAAGUGGAGGACAGACUCUCCUCGUGUUGAUGAGACGCAGAACAGUUGAACAGAACUCUGAGAGCUGUGAUUAAACUAGAAGAAAAUGAUACACAAAUAUAAAGAACUAUGCAAAAGGGAUUAUAUAAAUAAAUUGACUUAUUGAAUGUCAAUGGUUUAUUUUUUUUAUCACAAGAUGAAAAACAAAGAGCAAAACUUUAAUUCCAAAGAACAAAAAUACAGAUGGCUUUAAAGUUAAACAAACACUAAGUAGGGAACAUCCGAAAAAAGAAACAAGUUAAAAUUAUUGAAACAAUCUACACAUAUGCCAUCAGAAACCAUUAUGAAAGUGUAUGGUAUUAAAGAAGAUUCUCAUA